AUGAAUGUCUUUAUUAAUAUUGUUUGUAUGAGUCUUAUUACUUUUGUGAACGCUGGUGAUAUUAAUUACGACACAAUUUUAACUAUAUUAAAGGAAAGGAGAACCAAUUUAUUAAAUCCCGAUGAAAAGAAUGAAAUAGUGGAAACUAUGCCGGUCAUCCCUGGGUUUUAUCUGCAGAAACCAAAUGAAAUAUCCAGUUCCUUAUUUAAAAACCCAACGCAAUGGCCAGACGCUUUAUUCAGCAAUUUAAACAGUAUAAAUAAGAGCCAAACUGAGGACAAAGUUAUAAAGGACAUUACAAGGGACGGCUAUUUAGAUGCAAAGAUAAUAAAAGCUGUCAAGAAUCUCAAUAAAUAUAGAGAAAGUCAGAAGUCUUCUAUCGAUAAAUUAGGGAUAUGGAAAUCAAACAGUAACGGUGAUGAUAAUGUUCAGAACGCUCCAGUAAAAGUAUUAGUGAGUCACGUGCUGAAUUCAAUAAAAAAUGAAGAUAUAGCAAAGAAAAAGCUUAAAGCACAGAAGGAUAGGGAAAAGUUGGAGAAUGAUAAAGUGCUGAAACAAAUUUUGAUGGAGAUCAAAGGCAACAAUCGUUACGAGAAAAAAGAGAAACGUAAAAAAGUAAAGAAGACCGAUAAUGAUAAGAAAAAGGCUAAACUGGAAGCUCUACUAAGAAAUCUUUUAAAAAUGGAAAAAUCGAACAGCGAUGACGUAACAAGCAGUGAAUCCUCUGAAAGUUCUGAAGAAGAUUCGUAUACCAAAGAAAGUAAAGACGGUGGAAAUAUAUUGGAAGACAUUUUGAACGCGCUCAAUAAUAAUGACAAAAGUAUAGAAAAAUCAAAAUUUCCAGGUAUUAAUACAAUCAGAACCUUCGAAUGUUUUAAGGGCCAAUGUAGACUAUGAAAACCAAGGCCCUGGCUACAUGUACAGCAGAAAGUCCGGAAAUAGUAGUAAGGUCAAGGCUAAUGAAGAUACAGACGAGGAAGAAGCUUCUGAGGAAGAGGAGUUAGAAAAAAAUCCUGGCAAUCCAUUCACCAUCCACAAGAAUAAAUACAAACAAAAUUGGCCGUACAAUCAUUAUAUGGACGGUGACCAUAUGAAUAUAAAUCCGAUGGGUCCAAAAUUUGGUAAUCUGGGACCUUCUGGUCCCGAACUCUUCUUCGGAAGAAAGUGGUGGUAUUUUAAUCAGGACGACUACAAGCCGAUGGGUUAA